AUGUUACAAGAGGAGAAGAGCUUGCUAUUCUCAUAUCCAAAAAUCUUCGGGGGCAUAGUGGCGUAUUUUGUAGUGGUCACCAUCUACAGCUGCAUCACCGCACCACGAUUACCGGUCUCAAUACCAUGGUUGGGCUACGGAAAAGGCUGGAUCGCCGGCGCACGUAACCUUUUCGCCAUCGCCAAGAGCAAAGAAUGGAUGCAGGCGGGAUAUGAGCGAUAUUCGAAGAACAACAAAGCGUUCGUUCUGCCUUCUGCCCUAGGCAUGGUCGCUGAGAUUGUUAUGCCAAGGUCACAGAUGAGAUGGAUGCUCGAUCAGCCCGACUCUGUCCUGAGCGCUGGUGAGGCGCACCGGGAUGCUCUGUUUGGGGACUAUACUUUCGUCGAUCCCAUCAUUUUGCGAGACCCGUAUCAUGACCGCGUGGUUCAUAAGAACUUAGGGCGAAGUAUGAACGGCAUUAUCUCUGGCCUCGCAGAAGAGGUUCCUGCGGCUGUGGAAGCAAUAUUCGGGACCGACACGGAAGUUUACACAAAAGUUGACGCGAUGGAUUCAUUCAUGCGCAUGGUACCGAGGCUUGUUAAUCGGAUGUUGGUCGGACGAGAUCUCUGCAGAAACCAGGGAUAUUUGGAUGCAGUGCUCGCCUUUACCCAUGACGUUGUCCGGACGCAAAUGUUCAUGUUUAUCAUCCCGAAUGCUUUCCAUCCUUUCGUAGGGACUAUCCUAGGCUGGAUAUCAAAGCACCAUUAUUGGCUCUCGUCUCAGUUCACAAUUCCGAUGAUUAAAACAAGACUGGAGGACUUGAGAAAGAAGGAUGCCAAAGAGUCUGGAUACGACGACUGGGGAGAACCGCAAGAUUACAUAACUUGGACAUACCGCACAGCACAGGCCGAAGGCAGGCAGGAUGAGUUGCGCCCAGAUCGCAUCGCAAAACGUAUCAUGCCGCUGAACUUCGCUUCCAUUCACACGACAUCCCUGACCGCAUAUGAGGCUAUCACUAGAAUCUUGUGUGCCGAUCCCAGCGUACUCGAAAGCCUUAGAGAAGAGGCGCAUCGUAUAUUCCAAGAAGAGGGCGGCUGGACGAAGCGGGGCCUGAAUAGCAUGUAUCGAAUGGAUUCAGCGAUUCGCGAGUCACAGAGAACAGCCCCGAUUUCUCUGACAUUCGCGGGUCGCAAGGUCAUAGCCAAAGAUGGGAUUGUCACUCCGGAUGGUUUGCGCGUCCCGUAUGGUGCUACGCUCUCAUUCCCAUGGAUGCCUGUGGCCUUGGACGAAGACAUCCAUAAAGAGGAUGCGGCUAUUUUCGAUGCAUUUCGCUACUCACGCGCCAGAGAAACAUACGAAAUGAUGACGGCAAAAGAGAAGGAGAAGGAAGAUGUGCUCAAGCUGAAACAGAUGACAAUGGUCACCACCAGCGAUCAGCAUCUUCCCUUCGGCCAUGGCAGGCAUGCUUGUCCCGGCCGGUUCUUUGUUUCACACGAACUCAAGAUGAUCUUCGCUCAUCUGAUACUCAACUAUGAUUUCAAACGUAUUGAAAGUGCGCCAAAGAAGAUGUGGGUCGUGAGGGUCCAGGUACCUAUGCCUGCGAUACUCGAAGCAAAGCGUCGAAAGGCUGUGUGGCAACCCUGA